UAUGCGAGCUAUUCCUGGCAUGGCUGGCAUGACAAAUGUUUUGCGAAACUGUCAGCGGCAACCGCAAACUAUCGGCGGCAAGAAGGACCCGCAUCCGAGAAGCCCUUAGCCAAGCCAGUUGUGAGCAAACAAAUUAGUGUUUAAUUAUACAUAGGCAGUCGGGUGGCCCAUUCAUUAAGCGCGACAAAAAAAUGCAUCAAAGCGGCGUAAAAUGAGUGAAAAGUCCCCCGCCAGCGACAACAAAGACAAACCAAAGGGGGGUGAAGGGGAGAAAGCCGGGAAAAGUACAAAAAGCGGGUCAGAUACUAACCGCAUUAGAGGAUGCAGAAGCGUCCGAAAGCGGAAGUGAAGCGCGUGACGGGGCCGUCCAAACCGCCGCGUCUGAAGGCCGCGAAAAAGCAGUUGCAGUUCGAGAGUCCGCUGCCGCGAAGGACACGCGCCGACCAGUUGCAGAAGCAGCCCACCAAUCCCCACCAGGAUGGGCAGGAGCACGGAGAGCAGGACAGGAAGCAGCAGCAAAAACCGGCAGACAAAGUCAUUGCUAUGCCGGGCAGCAGCCAGGAUGCGGACACGGAUGCGGCAGCGGAAGCAGCAGUGGACGUGCCAGAAACAGAGCCAGCUCCAUGGCCAGACCCCCAUCCACACCCUCAUCCAGAUUCUGGUCCAGAUCCCGGCCAGCUCACGGUGUCACAUUCACAGUCCUCCGCCUCCGCCUCCUCCUCCUCCGCCAAAAAGCGUCUCGCCGAAGGCUGCACCAGUCUUAUGUAUGCCUGUCAGCGGGGCGACAUUGUCCAAGUGCUCGCCCAAAUGCGCGAAAAGCCCCAAUUGCUGCGGCAGCGGGACCGAAGCCAUCGCAACGCGCUGCACUACUGUGCCGCGCAGGACGCCGAUCGGAGCAAGGACCUCGUGGCGGCCGCCAGCAUCGCGAUCGCAGCCCCCGAGCUGCUGGAGUCGGCGGACGAGGAUGGCUUCACGCCGCUCCACCUGGCCGUCAUCCAGGGCAACCUGGCCAUGGUCAACCUGCUGCUGGCCAACAAGGCGGACGUGAAUGCGGUGGACAACGAGGGCCACUCGGUGGUGCACUGGGCCACGGUAUGCGGUGAGGUGGAGUCCUUGCGAGCGGUCCUGGCUGCGGGAGCCAGUGUGGCCAAGCCGGACGCCAAUGGAGGGACUCCGCUGCACUAUGCCGCCCAGAUGUGCGGAGCCAGCCACGACAGCAAGCAGCAGGCCAGUUCCAGCUCGAGCUCGAGACUCUCCCUGGAGAUCCUGGGCAUCCUGCUGUCCCAUCCCCAGAGCAGUGUGGAUGUCCAGGACAAGGAUGGCCGCCAGCCGCUUCUUUGGGCCGCCUCCGCAGGAUCAGCCAAGGCAGUGAUUGCCCUGGUCAAAGCGGGGGCCCGGGUGGAGUCCUCGGAUAAGGACGGCCUAACUGCCCUCCAUUGUGCUGGUUCCCGAGGACACACCGAAUGCAUAGACACCCUCAUAGGCCUUUGCGGCGCCCCCACUGACCUCAUCGACUCCAAUGGCUGCACAGCCCUGCAUUACGCCGUUACCUUGGGUCAUGCGGAUGCCACCGCCAGAUUGUUGGACCUGGAGGCGGAUCCCGAUCGCCAGGAUCGUAAGGGACGCACCCCAGCCCACUGCGGCUGCUCCAAGGGGCAAUUUGAGACCCUGAAGUUGCUAAAGGAGCGCGGAGCCAAUCUCUGGCUGCGCAAUGCCAAGGGGGAUCUGCCGCUCCACGAGGCCGCCGCGUCUGGCAGAAGGGAGCUCCUGGAGUGGCUGCUCAACCAACGCCCUAAACAGGUGAACACCACCAGCAAUGAUGGACGCAGCCUUCUGCACAUUUCGGCUGCUAAUGAUUACACGGAUAUGUGUAAGCUGCUCCUGGACUACGGAGCAGAUGUGAAUGCCGUGUAUAGGAACUCCAGAGGAUUGGUCUUGACUCCACUAGAUGGAGCUCUACAAAGGGGUCAUCGUUCCACGGCCAAGUUCCUGCAGGCCAAUGGGGGUCAGCCGGCCAAUAAGGUGAGAUUGUCUAGCAGAAGAGCUGGUAAUCCCUUCCACGAAACCAAUGCCACUGAUAUGGUGAGACCUCUGAAGUAUGUGGAGAAGGAGGAACUGCACGAUCUGCGCAGCUCUAAGAAGUAUGUGGUGUACCUAAAACGCUCCGAUUCGGAUAAUGGAAAUGGGAAUGGUAAUGGCAAGGUAGAUGACAUCGAUCCAGGGGACUGCAGCUGCUCGGAGCAGACUUACCGCAAGGAGCAGCGUACGCGUCACGUCUGCCGGCGGCACAAGAGGAGGCAGCUGAGGAGGCGGACCAGCAGCUGUGGCGAGUCCAAGCACGAGCGGUGCAGCGAGAUCUGCCGCUCCAAGAGCAACAUCGAGAUUCGGCGGAGGAAAUCCCGGGAACGGUAUGCCAGCUCCAGUGAGUGGGAGGAGGAGGACGAUGAGGAGGACUCCUGCGAGAACUGCUGCUACCACAAGCGUCAAAAAGAUCGAGUGGUUUCCCGCAAGCGUUCCACUUCCUCCAGGAAGUCAAAAAACCGCGAAGAUAGCGAGGAGGAGCAGCGUACAGCCCACUCCUCGCCCGAGAAGGAUUCCAGGAAACCUCUGACUGUCAAUGGGGAUCAUAAAGUUGAUAGCUCCAGUGCAAAGGAGCCACCCCCAUCCUCGCCCACCAAGGAGGGCACCUUCAUCAAGUCACCAACCCAAAGCGCCAAGAGUGAGAAGUCCGCUCCCAUGGACAAUCUUCUGGUGGAGGAGUCGCAUGCAGUGGAGCUGACAGAUGAAGAACAGGAGGCUGGCAAGUCGGUGGUGACACAGGUGGAUGUCCAUCAUGAUGCCGAGGAAAAUCUGACUUCCAAAACUUCCGAGGAACAACAAGCUGUAGAGGAAAAUGGUAAGGAAAAAGAGAAAGCUAAGCUGCAGCUGAGUGAAGAGGAAACCCAUUUGGUGUCCAAGGAAGUGGAGCAGGUGAUCAAGAUAGCAGCCACUGCCUUGAGCAGCGAGUCCAAGAGUUCCUCUAGUGAGGAAAAGCCAGAGGAGAAAGAGCUUCCCCAAGAAAGUGAAGAGCCUGCUCCGGAAAAACCUGAAGAGGCUGUUAAGGAAUCCCCAAAGCCUUCAACCCCUGCUGCGGCACCACCCCCUGAGCCUGCCACGCCCACGCCACCCCCUAAGGAGGAGGAUGCCGCAGAGAAACCACAGCCAAAUGCCAACACGGUCGAAGGGGUUAAAUCUGCGGUUUCGGAGCCACCUUCAGAUGGCAAAAAAGCCGAGCAGCUGGAGCAGGCUGAAGCCAAACCGAAACCUAAUAGCAAUCCUUCUCCCACACCCACUCCGCAGAACACUCCCCCACCCACCGCUCCUCCUGCAGAGCCGAAAAAGCCACCAACCGCACCACAGCCACGCCCAUCCACAGCCCAAACGCCCACCAGCCAGCCAAAGGAGGCACCGCAAAGGGAACAGGAGACGAGGCGCUCCUUCACACUCCUGGCAUCCGAUUCGGCGGACGAUGACCCAGUUCCCAAUCCGAAUUCAAAUCCUCCAGCUUCAGCUUCCGAUGAGCCAGCCACCGAGCGGAAAUCGAGCUUCCAAGUGCUGAAAAGCGAUGAUUCCCUGGAUGAGAAUGCAAAGAGACCUGGUCGUAAGGUCGACUACGAGCAAGGAGGCAACCAGGUCUUUCAGGUGGUCAGCGAGGGGCCAUCUGCGGUCCAGCUUCCUAGUGCCUCGGAGCUGGAGAAGAUGGAGUAUGAUUACGAGGAGUACGAUGAUGAGUACGACGAAGAUGAAAGGGAUGGUAUCGAUCCGGAGCAUGACAGUGCCUUGCGUCGUUUUCUUAGCAGCGGAAAUCGACACGGUGUGGGCAGUUCUGGAGCUGGGGCAGGAGGAUUGGGUGGAGGAGGAGCAGGUGGAGGAUCCAUAGCAGAUGACACAUCGGAGGGCAUGGGUAAUGGAAGGAAGCGGCGUCUUAAAAAGCGCGUGCGCAGCGGCAACAAAACGCGCAACAAUUGGAAAAACUCUCAGGAUUCACGCGAUGGCAACAACAUGGCUUUGGCCACCACCAAGGAUCAGGACUCGGGCUUCGAGCCCAGUCCGCGGGCGGAGCGCAGCAAGAUACCCACUCUGCGGUCUGCCCACACCGCCCACAUGCCGCGCCGGCCCAUCUACGCCACUUUGGAUGGACGCUCCUGCAGCAGCAGGAUGGAGAACCGCAAGCCAGGCGACAAGGGAGCCUGCGAAAUGGGCGCCGUCACCAGGUCCAUACAGCGCAACAUCAGGAGAUAUUAUAUGGAACGCAAGAUCUUCCAGCAUCUCCUGGAGCUCAAGUCGCUGCAGAUUCGCUCCAGCAAAUUGAAUGAGGCGGUCCUAGUAAAGCGGGCCGUGGAUGACUACCACAAGUCCUGCGUGCUUUUGGGCGGCGAAACGGGCACGCGACUCAGGCGCUACAACUUCAGCGAGUACACGUUCAAGAACUUCGAGCUCUUCCUCUACGAGACGCUCAAGGGACUCCAGCGACCGGGCACCAACAACUUCCAAAACAUCAACGAGGUGUACGAGGAGGCGGAGCGGCGGCUGAGCCCGGAUUACAAUGCCUACGAGAAGGCGCUGCAGUGCACCACCAAGACGCACCGGUGCCUCCAUGCGGCCCAUGCCUACACGGGAAUACCCUGCGCCGCCUACAUUCCCAUGAUGAAUCAUCACACGAUGCCAAAGUUCGGCUUUGGACCGUACAAGAAGACCGGCAGCGUGAGCAGCUUCUUCCUGCCCAAAAUCCUGACCAGCGGCCGCGCCUCCAGCGGACGAGCGGCGGGCGGCCUGGGCGGCGGCAGUGCGAGCGGCAACCGCUGCAACCACAAGGUGGCGCUGGAAUUGUCGCACGGGAAGAACAAACAGCUAAUUUCACUGCCCGCGGAAAAGUUGGACAGCAAUAAGCGAUACUACGUGACGUUCACAGUGAAGGACUCCUCGGGCUCAUCGGCGUACCAGCAGCAGCAGCAGCAGCAGCACUAGAGCGUAUACGUAAUGUGGCGCACAGUGCGUAUACGCCAUGUAUAUGGGUGGAUGGAUGGAUGGCCCAUUGCCAUCGGGCAUCGUCGCGGCAUCCUGCGCCCGCAUCCUCAGGCUCCUUUUUAUGCUGUUUUCUGUUUUUGCCGCCGCCGCCGCUGCUGUUGCUGCUCCAAAUGCAUUAAAACAAUGCCAUCGCAACAUUUUGUGUCGCUGCUCCUGCUGUUGCCGCUGCCGUUGCCGUUCCUGUUGCUGUUGCUGCAAUUGUUGUGGCCACCCGUUGUCCGCGCUGGCCUUUUUCCAUUCGCUUCCUGUGCGGGACGCUGGAGUAAUGCCACGGCAAACGGGGGUUUUUGCAGGGUGUAUCGCGGACAUAUACACUCAACCUAUUAGGUUGGCAAAAUUUAAUUUAUUAAGCUGGCGAUGCAAGCUCUUUGGCUUCUUAAUUUUAAAGAACUAAAAGUCCAGAAAGGGUUUGGUAUUUUUUUUAUUUACAUGUGCGGUAAACCAUUU